GCAAGCGAGGAAGCGAGAGCGGAGGUGACGCAGCCCGGUGCGGUGAAUGCACAAAGUAAAUGUAUAGAAAAUGUAACUAUGUCGGUUGUACGGGCUGACGCUCGCUCUUGGGAUAGCAUAGCCUUUCACCGCCACGUCGCUUGUCGCUCCGCGAAUCGCUUGUAGCUUGGCGAUAUUAAGUGAUAUAUUACUAAUAAAGCCGUGUUUCAUGCGAUAUCUUCAAUAUCUUUAUAUUUUCAUUUGUUUUUACGAUUUUUAGAAAUGAUGAAUCCGCAUCCACAUCCACCACCACUACAACAUCCCCAAAUUCAGCAAAUUCCUCAUCAUCAGCAAGUUUUACCACCACCACAACAACAAUUACCUCAACAACAAUUACCACAACAAGUACCGCAACAAAUACAACAACAGCAGCCAAAUCGAGGUUACUCUCUCAUGAUGGCAUUGGUUAAAAACAGUAAAUACUUUGAUUCAGAACGUUUGCAGGCUAUGCAAGAUACUCCAGGCUUACCCAAGCUUAAAAGAUCUAGGAAAAAAAUACGUGAUACAUCAACUUGGGAAAUAAACAAGGUGAAGAAAGCUAGAGAACAAGGUAAGCCUUAUUUGACCCAGAAACGGAUAAAAGGCGUAAAAGUAGGUUAUGAAGAAAGAAAGAAGAGGGUCAUGGGCCCGGCCUGCAUGUCACGCGUGUGCCACAAAAGCUCAAAGAGAAAAUGUGACCAAUUAGAUGAUGUAUCCCGACAGGAAUGCUUUGACAGCUUUUGGUCUGAAAUGACUUGGGCCCAAAGAAAAGCUUACAUUAGUGCUUUAGUAAACAUAUAUUAUACAAGAACUACAACUGUACCAAAUGGUGAGUCUCGAAGACACAGAACUAUUAAAUAUUCACUGAAAAUAAACAAUCAACACUGGCCGGUUUGCAAAAAGAUGUUCUUAAACACACUCGGUCUCGGGGAAAAAACAGUUUUGGGCUGGAUUGAGAAAGCCAAUGAACACGGUGUAGUUUCUACACCGGUACGAAAAAAUAACAAAGAACGAUACAAUAGAGAAAAGUUGAUACAUGUUGAAACAUAUUUAAAGAACUUGCCCAAACUGCCCUCACACUACUUUCAUGGUAAAUCUGAGAAGGAAUACCUUGACAUUAACUUCAAUUCAGGAAAAGAGGUGUAUUUAGGAUAUAAAAUGUAUUUGGCGAAGGAAGGAAUUAAAGACAAAGAAAUAUCCUAUCCCUGUUUCCUGAGAAAAAUGAAUGCCUUGAAUAUUGCUCUGUUCUCACCAAAGAAAAAAGUUCCCCCAAACAAAAACAGUGCAAAACCCAUUUUCAGACAGGAACAAACGUAAAAGACAGAAACAGUUAAACAUUUGGCAGUGCCCCGUUUAAGUGAAAAAGUACUUUUAAAUUCUCUUCAAUAUAUCUUCUGCUUUGUUGGCAUGUUAAUGUGAUAUUGGUUAAACGUGUGAUCGAUUUGGACCAUGGAACUGAUA